AUGGCCCGCCGGGCCGUGCCUCCCUCGCUGUGGUCCGGCAGCGAGCGGCUGCGCAUCGGCGAGCGCCUCCAAGCCAGCCUGGCGGGGCUUUUGGAGCUGGAGCUGCUGCGCGAGACGCAGAGGCGGGUGGUGGAGCGCGCCCUGCAGGGAGGCCGGCAACAGGAAGACGGAAACCUCCUGGGGAGCAGUGACCUGCCGCCUGCCGUCAAGCUGGACCGCAGCAAAUCCGAGGACCUUCUCGGGACGCCCAAGAAACCCUGCGUUUCCUACAACUCAUCGGAGAACAUUGAGGUAGCUUCCAGAGCACUUCGCGUUCACACAGGAGAGAGAUCUGACACGGGCUGCCUCGGGUUACGGAUGGUCAGCGAACAGCUUUUCUUCCCCAAGAAAGCUGGGGUCAACGGAGGAGAUGCCCAGGAGAUCAUGGAGGCAGACUCCCGGCCCAGCUCAGGGUUUUAUGAGACCAGCGAGAUGGGCUCCCUUUCGGACUCCUGUGCCUCCGUUCACAGCGAUGGGCCCGGGGACUCACGCUGCAGUGUCGGCUCCCUCUCUCACCUGCCAGGCCUUCGGGAGAGCAGCUUUAUCCGGCCGCGCUCUACAGAUGAGGCUGCUGUCCGUCUCCUGGACCUCCAACUGCAGCGAUUCACGUUGGCAAAUGCUCCCGGGGCUGACAGUAGGAGGCCCGUCUCGACAGGUGACCUCGAGUUCCUCUUGGGCCUUGGGGACUUGUCCCUGCCGUUUUCGAAGAACCCGAGCCUUCAGCUGCCGCAGUACAAGUCAGACCUCGUCUCGCGGAACACCAACGAAAUCUACCACUACCCCAGCCCUUUGCAUGCCGUGGCUUUGCAGAGCCCCCUGUUCACCAGCAGCCUCUCCCAGAGCUCCUCUCAGGAGGAACUCGAUGAGGGUCCCAUGGAGCUUGCCCAGGUCACCUCCCCAGAGAGAGAGCCCUCUUCCUCCAAGGAGCAGCAGAGGGCUCAGCUGGACCGCUACAUUGCCAAACUGGUGUUGCGGUUCAAGUGCCGUUCGGCGGUGAAUAGGACAGAAGUGGGAUUCCUUGCCGGAAACCAGAAGAGUUUAUCAAUGUUGUCUGUCUGCAGUUCUGUGCUGGGUGCCGGUCAACUCCUUGCCUCGGCACCAGGGUGGAAGAUCAGGCGGCGCAUCUCUACCUGCUCCCAUUUUCGCUCCCCGGAAGGCUCGGAGGGGGCGCGGGAUUCUCAGGUCUUGGAUGGCCAAGGAGACUUUGCCACGUUUCCAGAGAUCAGCUCCAUCCAGUCCAGCACCACCAACCUCUCCAAGGCUAGUGAGCCUUCAGUAAUGUCCCUCCCCGAUCCACUCCCACUAUACCGGGAGCCAUCUGUAACCUCCUGUCCAAAGAAGCCGCCUGGUGGAGUGGAAAGAGGGGUUCUUGGUUGGGUUGAUCGUACUCAACGUUACAUCGUGCAAGUGGAAUCUCCUGCCCGAAAGGUUCUGUCAUUGCCCCAGGCCACCAUGGACUUGGACAAGCUAUACAAAGGUAAGCAUGCUUCCCGAGAAUUGGUGAAGACAGCAGAGAGGCCGGAGAAGCCUACAGAGCGGAGCUGGCUAAAUCCUCGGGAACUCCUGCGCAAGCUUAGCCUCCGUCGUAAGCCAUCCAAUCGGGUGGGGAACAGGACCCGAGCCAGCUCAGAAAUCAACGUCCAUGCUGCAGCGGGGCUGGUAUGUCACGGUGACCCUCAGGUCGGCAAAAGCAAAGCGGUCAAGACAAAAUGGGCAUCUGUCCUAGAGAUCUCCAACAAGGCCCCUGGGCGUCAUCGGCUAAAAGCUGGUGCCUUCCACCCUCCUCAUCCACUGAACCCCCAUCUUGCCUUCUCUGCUGACUCUCCGGCAUCCUUUUGCUUCCUGGGGGGCAGUCAUCUGGACCUGCCGCCCCGGCAGCGGGCUGGCUUCGCCGGCAAUGGCUCUGGUCUUGGCGAGGCGGAUGCCACGAGCACCAUCAGCCUGAAUGGUGACUGGAUCCUCCAUCAUCUUGGGGAUAGAUGGCCCCACGUCUCCACCACCAUAGACUCUGCCGACCUUCCAGUGGGCAGCUUCAAGCUUCGUCGCAGUCGCUCAUUUAAGGAGCUCAAAAGGAUGAUGUCCCGCUCCAUCAAGGGUACCAGAGCCCCAAGUGAUCGCAAGUGA